AUGAGUGAGUUGCAGCAACGAAAGCCAGCCACUCUCACAAACAAGCAUACCAAGCGAAAGCAGGGCCAAAAUGGCCCCCGAAUAACCGGGACCAACGAGCGCCAAGGCGUGGUUGGAGCGACAUGUAUGCAUUCUCACGAGGCAGCCGAGCAGAUUUUCAUCCGGCAGACUGAGACAUGA